CUGAAUGCAACAGACGACGAUGAAGGAGACUUUGGGAAGGUUACCUACUCCAUAAUCAGCGGUAAUGAGGAGGGACAUUUUGAAUUAGAUGAGCAAACGGGUUACCUGUACAUAAGCAGGCCCUUCACAACCACUCCAAUAUCGGCUUCAUCGGUUGGACAAGAUACAAAUUCAACUACCGCUCUUGGUGCCUCCACAACCAAUCUUCUUUUCGAAAAUCGCCUUCGAAUGCUCUCUUUCAAGACCUUUCGUUUGUAUAUUCGGGCCUCGGAUCAGGGCAAACCGGCCCGCACUACGACAGCAGUUCUUGAUGUGCGCUUAUCUGGAUUAAUUGUUCCUACCCACAACCCAAAACUUCCUACAUCUCUCUCCAGACCUAUCAUACCCUCCCUUCACACUUCCGCUACCUAUAGAGAGCAAAAAGUGGUGCAGAGUAAGUCCAAUCAACAGAAUCAUCUCCAAGGUAGUAAGCUACAUCAGUAUCAACAACAGGAUCAUGAAAGCCUCAUAUCCACGGAGUCUUUAAUCAUCAUUACGGUUAUGGUAGCGGCAGUGGCAGUGCUCCUUUUCAUUGUGGUGCUUCUAGCCACCGCUUGUCUGCGAAAACGGAUGCUGACAGAACAAUCGAGGAGACAUUGCCCUACUACGAUGAAGUCCAAAUUGAAGGGUACUGAUUUCGAACUCCAAUUCACUGGAGAGGAAGGAGAAAGAGGUGCUGGAGGUGAAGGUGAUAACUCGGCCGUAGCGAAAAAGAUCUAUGGCGUCUCGUCGCAGCCACCAACGUUUAUCGACUCCACCUCAACCUACGUGACAGUCACGAGGAAUACACUGAAGAGGGAUAAUAGCUGUCACCGAGGGAAUGUUGCAGUUUCCAACGGUAUGUUGAUCAUUUAA